CUACAGAACUAGGGAAUCAACGAUUGAAAACAGUGAAGCGUUGUUCGUCCUGAAAUUUCGAAACUAAUUCAACAUGGCUGGUGGUAAAGCAGGAAAAGAUUCGGGCAAAUCGAAAGCCAAAGCAGUUUCACGAUCUGCGAGAGCAGGAUUACAGUUCCCCGUUGGUCGUAUUCACAGACAUCUCAAAAACAGAACUACAAGUCAUGGUCGAGUUGGAGCUACUGCCGCUGUCUACAGUGCAGCUAUCCUGGAAUAUCUAACCGCUGAAGUUUUGGAAUUGGCUGGCAAUGCAUCAAAAGACUUGAAGGUAAAGCGUAUCACGCCCAGACAUUUACAAUUAGCUAUCAGAGGAGAUGAAGAAUUGGACAGUUUGAUCAAAGCAACCAUUGCUUGUGGUGGUGUCAUUCCUCACAUUCACAAGUCACUUAUUGGCAAAAAAGGAACUCAAAAGCCUGUAUAAUCUUAAGUUAUUUCAUAGGGAGAUUUUCUUUCUUUCUUCUUUUCAUCCCAUGUCUUUCUCCCCCUCCCCUAUUUUUUCUUCUGUGUUUUUUUUCUUUAAAUUGAAUAUAUAUUCAAACUUUUCUUUUAUUUAAAUUUUUUCAUAAUAAUAUUAUAUUAUUAUACUUGUAAUUUCAUUUUAAGUUCAUUCCUAUUUGGUUUACUUUCCUCUCCCUUAUAUAAACCGAUUGUAGUUCAAAA